ACACACUUUUCUUGCAAUCCAAGCCUUUAAUGUCCUCUCAUCAUAUCAUUAAUUAACCAAUUAAUUAAUUUCCCGUUUUAAUUAAUUACAUAAUUAAUUUCCCUUUUCAAAUUAUAUAAAACCCAAACCAAUCCAUAGUAGUAGAGUCUCUCUCUAUCUAUCUAUACACAGAAACAAAACACAAGAAGAUGAGUUCUGUUUGCAUAUCAAACUGUGUCAAGGACGCACGUGACCCACGCGUGCCGGUUCGAGCCAACUACGUCAACCUCUACAAAUGGCCGGAAUCGGACGCAGAGUUUGUCAAAUCGGUCAGCUUAAACGGCGGUCACGGUCAUCCCAGGGUGGUGGAUAGUAUCUCAUGCAGACAGAUGUAUCUUAAGAGCUAUACAUUUUCGAGAAAAGAAACUGUGCCGGAGAAAACCCAGAAAUGUUUUGGUAGAGUGAAAGAGAAAGUGGCUCACGGUGGUGGUGGUGGUGGUGGAAGAAAGAAACGGAAUCAAGGUAGGAGAAGGAAGUGUUUGGUUUUGAGGAAAAUGAGGGAAAUUUCUUGUAAUACGUUGAUUCGGAUUUUUCAUAGGUUCUUGUCUUGCGGCGCUAGUGUUGACGUUGUCAAUGAAAAACAACCAUAUUGAUGUUUUGUUUUAUUUUAUUUUAUUUAUGGUUUUUCUUUUUCUUUUUUUUUUAAAUAUAUUUUUUUGGGUUUUAUUAUUAUUUUUUCUUCUGUUUUUUAGUUGGGUUUAAGUUUAUGGCUAUCUCUAUCUAUUUGUACAUUACUUUUCUCUUUUUUAAUAAAGAGAUUUGGCUAAUUUUGCUUUGGAUUCUUUGUAUUUGUAUUUCUACAAUAACAUUGUAAGUUGGUGAUUUUUGAAAAAGUAAAA